AUGUCGGGACUAGGUCUGCUAAAUAGUGAUAGCAAGCCCCUUCCAGCCGACGAUGAGGCAGCUGCGAAUACGCGGCAAUGGCAUCUUGCCUCCGAGACUGAGUACAGAUUUGAACUCGAUCCGAAUAGCUCUUUAGCGAUCAAGCUCGUACAUGGUCAAGCAGAAAUUUUUGGUGCCGAACUUGCCGAAGGCAACACCUAUGUAUUUGGCCUCGAAUGCAAGGCAGCCGUGUAUACAUGGCAAGGUUGCACAAUAGAGGUCACAGGCCAGCCAUCCACGGAGUAUGUCUCUGAGGAGACUCCCAUGCAGGUUUACGCCAACCUUGUCCUUGCACUCGAACAGAUGCGCGUAAGAGCCCUGCGAGCCUUCCACGGCUCUCCCCCAUCUUCAGAGGAAGGACCUGACCCAGACCCGGAUCCGCAACCACCACGCGUUCUCGUUUUAGGACCGGGGAAUUCUGGCAAGACCACGCUAUCAAAAAUGCUCAUCAACUAUGCUGUCCGCAUGGGUCAGAGCUGGAAUCCAGUCCUGGUCAACGUCGAUCCCGGUGAGGGUGGCUGGGCAGCACCGGGUGCGAUCUCUGCCGCAACCAUCACGUCACCCAUACAGACAUCGACACCGGCAUCAACAUUUGGCUCGGCCGCCACAUCCGCUCCUGCACAUCUCACCUCCAAUGCCCUCCUUCCCCUAGCAUAUUGGUAUGGCCAUGCGGAAACACGGCGCAACCCACUCCUGAUGGACCGGCUGAUACGUAACCUCGGUGAGAACAUCUGGGAGCGGUGGGACAAUGACCUCGGAGGACGUGUAGCGGGACUCAUCGUCGACACACCCUCAUCAUUCGCGGCAAGCUCGGGUCCCAAUGGGGACCAUCGACAUGCCCUUAUCAAAGCCUGCGUGGAUGCAUUCCGAAUCAACGUCAUCCUCAUCGUCGGGCACGAGAAGCUGAACGUCGAGAUGCAGCGAGCAUACGGCAACCGCAUCGCCGUCGUCAAAAUCCCCAAAUCGGGCGGGGUCGUCGAGCUCGACCCGAGCUACCGCGAGCGCGCGCGCAAGCACCAGCUCCACAACUACAUGUACGGCAGGAUCAUCCCGCCCCCGCCCGGCCUCCCGCCCACGAACGUCCUCCAGGGCGGCGAGCAGACGCCCGACCUCACGCUCAACCUCGCGCCGUCCUCGUCCAUCGUCGCCUUCGGCGACCUCACGCUCUACCGCAUCGGCGAAGAGACGAUGGCGCCCACGUCCGCGCUCCCCAUCGGCGCGACGCGCGUCGUGUCCGAGAUGCAGCCGCUCCUCGUGGACCCCGCGCAGCCGGGCUCGGGCCUCUACAACGCGGUCCUGGCGCUGCUCGCGCCGCCGAACCCGGACGAGUCGGAGCGCUACGACGAAGAGAUGCUCGACCUCCCCGUCGUCGGGUUUCUGGUGAUCACGACGCUGGACAUUCCCAACAAGCGCAUGACCGUGCUCGCGCCGACGCAGGGCUCUCUGGUCGGUCGGACCGCCAUUGUCGGCUCGAUCGAGUGGCAAGAAUGAACAACUCUGGUCCUAGUAUCUAGUACAUAUACCUGCCCCAUAACUAUCUGUCGCGUCUCCCUUACAUUCAGCCAGCUUAGUUUUCUUCAAAACAAAAGUGACCGCCGACGGCUGCUGCUGAGGAUAUAAUAUACGCGUAUGCAACAGCUUUUCAACACAUUUAUAAUAAGACAUUUGUCUAC